CCGAAAGAUCCUCACUUCGGCACCACCACCACCACCACCACCACCAUAACAUUCUCACGAGAGGCCCAACUCAAUCCUCCUCGUUCACGGCCGGCCAUCAAUCCUCGUGGCUCGAAACGCGCUGGCUUCUUUUCACAUAGGCACUAGCUUGUACACAACAUGUCGUACCAACAGUAUAAUCAAAACCCCUACGCCCAGGGACCCCAAGCUGAGAGCGGAUAUGAAUACGACAGCCAGCAGCAGCCGCAAUAUGGUCAAGGGCAGUACGAAAUGCAGCCUUACGGGGAGGCCGACAAGUUCGCCGAGCAGCCCGCGCCCACCACCUUGAGCCAGCAAGACUUCCUCCAGCGCGUGCAAUACCUGCGCUCGGAGAUCCAGGGUCUCACAUCUGAUAUCGAGAACAUCGCCCAGCUGCACCAGCGUUCCCUCGCCGCCCCCGACAACAGCGCCAGCUACCAGCUCGAGCAGGCCGUCUCCGCGACGCAACUCCGCAACACGGCAGUCAAGGACGGCAUCAAGGCCCUCGAGAAGGACCUGGCCAAGACACGUGACGGGUCGCGCGCGACCAAGACCGCCCAGCUCAACUCGCUGAAGAACACGUUCAAGGCCGAACUUAACAAGUAUCAGCAGAUCGAACAGGACUACCAGCGCCGCUACCGCGACCAAAUCGCCCGUCAGUUCCGUAUUGUCCACCCGGAUGCGACGGAAGCAGAAGUCGAGGAGGCGACGCAGAUGGACUGGGGCAACGAAGGUGUUUUCCAGGAAGCGCUCAAAUCAAACCGGACAGGCCAAGCCAACUCCAUUCUGGGCAACGUCAGGGCUCGCCACAACGAGCUGCAGCGCAUCGAAAAGACACUUAUCGAGCUGGCCACACUCUACCAAGAGAUGGCAACGCUUGUCGAAACCCAGGAGCCUGUCGUCGAAGCCGCCGAGCAAAACGCUCAGCAGACGGUCGAGAACAUCCAGAAGGGCAACGAACAGGUCGAGACAGCCAACGCUCACGCCAGGAGGCGCAGAAAGCUCAAGUGGUGGUGCCUUCUCGUCGUCGUGCUCAUCAUCAUCGCCAUCGCGCUCGGUGUCGGCCUUGGCGUCACACUGGGCAAGAACGCAACCAACACCCAAUAAGCAGGCUGUCGUGAGGCAUUCUCGGUAAUCGCACCACGACGACGACGGGGUUUAAUUCCAAGAGGGGCUCGCUUCCUUAUGAUAUUGAGGGACGACAGGUUUCAAAAGAGAAGCACUACGAUAUUUAGAUUUCAUGAUCAUGGCUCGGGCGGGUGGGAGCAGGCAUUAAUGAGAGCGGACUCACACGAAAACAGCCACAAACCAGCUCAGCUCACCGCCGACGAAGCCACCAUUUUGCCGCCUGUAUAAGACACGGCAGGCUCCACGAUUCCCCACCAACGGUUGACUUACUGUACGCAUACUCUUCAUACGAUCAGACGGAUUAGGUUCUUAGGGAGGGGUACAUUAUCUUUCUGUAUUUAUUCAAGGCGUUUCCUUCUCUCAUACGUUUGAUGAGAUGAUUUGGAGGGGAGGUCAGCCAAUAUCUUUCCCCCCCUCCCCCUUGUACGUAUCGCAUUCAAUGGCGGCCAGUUACGGAUAUGCAUGCAUCGACGACAAUACCGUACUCUCACAAUCAAAUCCGCAACCGUUGCGGCCCAUCAAGCCCUCAAGCCACGACAGCCAUGGCGGGCCAUGACAGGAACCUGACUGGUCUGGGCCCCAUGUCAACCCUCUGUUGACACACCCACCCCCGGUCUUCCGUCCGCAAAAAUGUCGACCCCCCACCGGCCAAAUUUUGCACUCACGAUGCCCGCACACAUUCCACUCCUUCUCACAUGCAAUUUCGUUCGCGCACCCUAGCCCCAUGUCUCAACGCUACACUCCCUCAUAGUCAUCUCUUCCAACGACCUUUUCAACAAAC